AUGGCUUUGGAUGCUCAAGGAAAUGAAGUCGGAAAAUUGUUUGUCGGAGGUUUGCACCAGUCCACUAAUACAAGUGGAUUGCACAAUUAUUUCUCUAAGUUUGGAGAUAUCGAGGAGUCUAUUGUUAUGAUGGAUAACAAAACCGGGCGUUCUAGGGGUUUUGGUUAUGUAAAAUUCAAAGAACCAUCUGCUGUUGAUCAAGUUCUUUCUAAAAAAGUUCACGUAAUUGACAAUAAAGAGGUUGAUCCCAAAAGGUGCAAUAUUAAUAUGCGUGGAAAAAAUAAACGAAGUCUAAAAAUUUUUGUUGGCGGUAUUGCUUUUGAACAUGAUGAAGAAAUUAUUCGAUCGUUUUUUCAAUGUUACGGAAAUGUAACUGAUGUUAACCUUCUUUCAAGCCCUGGUCGACAAAGACACCGUGGUUUCGCCUUUGUCGGUUUUGACGAUGAAGAGGUAGUAAAACGUCUCAUCAAAUUGCACUUCGUUAAUCUUCACGGCAAACAGGUAGAAAUCAAACCCAUGGAACCUCCCAAUGCUCAGAAAAACUUCAAUUACACUUUCAACCCUGGUGCGUUAAAUUCUCCUAACUGUAGGCCCCCUGUUCGUGGUACCCAACGAUUUAAUUCCUUCCACCAAAAUAAUAUGUCCUAUGGUAGACUGAAUCACUGGGGGUCAAAUGGAGAUAGCGGGCGGUUGGAUAUGUCUGGAGAUGCGAAUGGUUGGGCUAGUCAGGUAUUGGCGGCCCAACAACAGCAGCAAGGACUCAACCCAGCUUGGAAUUCUCCUCCUAAUCAACAUCAGUGGAAUGAUCCUACACCCUCCUCUCCUCUAAAUGGCUCUUGGGGAAAUCAACUAGCUGUCGCGGCUGCAGCAGCUUUCCAAUCAAAUGGAUUUAUAUCUCCAUCAAAUCAACAAUCCUGGGGCCAGCCUACAUCACAGAGAAGAGGUCCAUCUUCUUCUCUCUUCCGCGGUGACAAUGGUAAUAUCCUCGAUGGGCCUCUUCUAGACUACAAUUCAUGGAAUCCUUCUAACGGUCUUCAACAGGCAUCUCAACAGCAACAGCAGAGUGCAGGCAUUCCUUCACCUCCAAACCAUUUCUUUCAAUCACAACCUUCAGCGGGAACUAGCAUUUCUGACGCAUUCUCUCGUAGAGGAGGCGAAGAAGCGGCUUUUGUCAAUGCCUGGAACGCGGCAGGAGCUGAGAGUGUAAAUCAGUGGAAUGUGGGUUCGAUGAAUCAACAACCAUCUAUGUGGAACGCUACCAAUGCAAUGAGGGAUCAAAAUGAAACUAAUAACGUUUUAAGGCUGGCAAAUACUUCUGUCGGAGCGCUUAAUCCUGCCCAUGAUUCAUCUGCUUUUAGAAUGGAUAAUUGUUUGUACAGAACCGUAGGAGGAGGUGGAAACGGAAAUGGUGGGACAAGUGUUAAUGCCACUAAUGGAAUAUCAACAUCCUCUUCAAUGGGGAUUUUGCUACCAAAUGAUGCGGCCGCUAUCAAUAACACAGCACCACCCUUCACGAUGUCAGAAACUGGUGCUGGCACCGAAUGGCAAUCAAUAAUGGCAGCUGCUGCAGCCCAGCAGCGCUCCACUAUCGCUGGUGCUCAACAACAGCAGCAUAUGAGAAGAUAA